UACUUCUGCUUCGUAUCGUACUUAACGCCCGCUCAUUUUUACCGGUGGGAUGCUUAUUAUGAAGAAUAAUUUUUAAGUGUUUCUCAUGAGUGGUUAAUUGCUUCAACUCGCGAUGAGUAAAUCGAAGGUUUCAGCAGAAUGGAAGAAACGCGUAAAGUCCGAGUAUAUGCGACUCCGCCAAGUGAAGCGUUUCAAAAGAGCUGAUGAGGUGAAGGUAGCAUGGGCGCGGAACUUGCGUCUAAUGUCGGAGGCUCUCGAAACACGCGAUGCGGAGUUAGCGGAGCGCGGACGGCGACCUUUCUGGCCGCCGCCGGCGCCUAGUCCGAGCCAUGAGGGGCUCAUGAAGAAGGCUGAAGCUACCUGUACUGAUGCUUCCGGCAUUGUCACUACCCAGCAAGUACCAAUCCACAUAAUCAACUCUGUCAACCCGAUCCCCACGAUGUACACCUGGGCACCGACUCAAAAGAACUUCAUGGUGGAAGAUGAGACGGUGCUGCACAACAUUCCGUACAUGGGAGACGAGGUGUUGGACCAGGAUGGAACUUUCAUAGAGGAGCUUAUUAAGAACUAUGAUGGAAAAGUGCAUGGCGACAAGGAGGGUGGCUUCAUCGACGACCAGUUGUUUGUGGAGCUGGUACACGCCCUCAUGACCUACCAGACCCGUGACGAAGUCGCUGAUGAGGGACGCGAGAAAGAAUCCAACAAAGACAAAGAAAAAGAAAAGCAAAAGGACACAGAUAAAGAAAAGGAUAAGGAUCAAGAAAAAGACAAGGACAAAGAAGGAGCAGACUUGGAGAAGCAGUUCCCGAUCUUCACCAUCUUCCAGGCUAUCUCUUCACAGUUCCCUGAUAAGGGCACACCUCAAGAGCUUCGGGAGAAGUACAUCGAGCUAACAUCCCGCAGCGACCCGGAUGCCUUGCCCCCGGAAUGCACGCCCAACAUCGACGGCCCGCUGGCCGAAAGCGUGGCCAGAGACCAGACCAUGCACUCCUUCCACACUCUGUUCUGUCGACGCUGCUUUAAAUACGACUGCUUCUUACAUCGUUUGCAGGCGUGCCACCCAGGGCCCAACUUGAACAAGCGGAAGGGCCCCGACCUGAAACCCUUUUCUGAACCUUGCGGUUCCAGCUGCUACAUGCUGUUGGACGGCAUAAGAGAGAAGCUGGCACGCGAAAAGGCGGCCGGCGAAGAAGACAAGGGCAAGUCCAACUCGAUGGACUCGCCCAACGACGCAUCCUCUGAAGACAGCAAUGACAGCAACCGGUUCCCCAAGGGAAGCAGUAGUACAGCCGGGUGGAGCGGCGCGCUCGCUAAACCUGGCGCGCCUGUUGAGCCCGCAUACAACGCGCUUGGUUUGACGGUGGGUGACAUUCAAUCCGAAUGGACGGGCUCGGACCAGUCCCUAUUCCGCGCCCUACACAAGGUGUUCGCCUGUAACUACUGCGCCAUCGCACAGGUCAUGCUCUCCAAGACUUGCCAACAGGUAUACACUUACUGGAUCAACACGGGGCAAGAAGAAUGCCGCGUAGAAGCCGAACUCACCCCGCCACGCAAGAAGAAGAAGAAGCAUCGUCUCUGGUCCGUGCACUGCCGCAAGAUACAACUCAAGAAGGACUCCAACUCGCAUCACGUAUUCAACUACACGCCUUGCGAGCACCCGAACCAGCCGUGCGACGCGAUGUGCCCGUGCCUGCAGUCCCAGAACUUCUGCGAGAAGUUCUGCCAAUGCUCCAGCGAUUGUCAGAAUCGGUUCCCCGGCUGCCGAUGCAAAGCAUCGUGUAACACCAAGCAGUGCCCGUGCUACCUCGGCGUCCGGGAAUGCGAUCCCGACCUCUGCAUACAGUGUGGAGCGGACAGUCCGGUCUGUUGUCGCAACGUGUCUGUACAGCGCGGCCUUCACAAGCACCUACUCCUCGCGCCAUCUGACGUAGCGGGCUGGGGCAUCUUCCUCAAAGAGGCGGCUCACAAGAACGAGUUCAUCAGUGAAUACUGCGGCGAGGUCAUAUCUCAAGACGAGGCCGACCGCCGCGGCAAGGUUUACGACAAGUACAUGUGCUCCUUCCUGUUUAACUUGAAUAACGAUUUCGUGGUAGACGCGACCCGCAAAGGCAACAAGAUCCGUUUCGCGAACCACUCCAUCAACCCCAACUGCUACGCCAAGGUGAUGAUGGUGAACGGCGACCACCGCAUCGGCAUCUUCGCCAAGCGCGCCAUCCAGCCCGGAGAGGAGCUCUUCUUCGAUUACAGGUACGGACCGACCGAGCAACUCAAAUUCGUCGGCAUCGAGCGCGAGAUGGAAUUCUUAUGAGAACAAACCAAACUGCAGCGCCUCCCGCCGCGCGCCGUCGCUACCGUCACCAGCGCCGGCUGCAAGCACGCGAGAGGCCACGCCAGCAGCAGCAACACCAACUCUAGAAACACUAGUGACAGUAACGGGAACUCGAACAGUAAUGGCAGCAAUGGUAACUCCCGGAGCAGCAGUGGUAACGGUUCUAAUACGAGGAGUGGACUGGUUUCAGUUAGGAGGAGUAGUAUUAGCUCGGCGCGGGCGACGCGCUCACGACCCUAUGUGAGACCGUCGGGGCGGGAUCGACUGACGUGGCGGUACAAUCAAUAAUCACUCUUUGACGCGCUGUGCUUACGUAUGUUAUAGAAAAAAGCAUGCCAGUAGCUGGUCGAACGUAUAAGAGGCAUGAAGUAAACGAUGGCAUAGUGCUAGUUUUAUUAUAUAUGUCAAAUAAUUUCAAUAAUUAAUGGCCCUGGUAUUAUAAAAAUAUCAGAGAGAGACGGAAUUCUCAACUGAUGAUUUAGAUAAGAUUUAAAGGUUAGUUAUGUAUGGUAUAAGGCAUUGAACUGAACAUGUCUUUUGGCAUUGAUUGUUGUUUUCGGCCAUUUUGAAAAUGGUUUUAGACGAGCUGUGAAACACUCAAUAUGCGUGCUGUUCCAUUAGUUUGUAAGAUGUUUAAAUGACAGACUAAUACCUGUCCUAGUUUAUAAGAAUUUUUCGUCACAAUAUGUAUUAUAUUUAACAUCACAGUACACAUUUAAAUUACACGCAAAAGC